ACGACUGACGUUUCAUGAUUCCUUUUCACCAUGGAUAGUUUUUAAUCUGUGCUUGUAAAUUAAUUACCAAGCAAUAAGAAUUUUUCUGAAACUGCGAAAAUUAAUGAAUUAUGCUCAAUUAGAAUACCUCUGAUCAAUUUUACAGCCAUGAUUGAAGAAGACAGCAAAACACUCUGGUGUGGCAAUUUAGCAGAACAGGUUACUGAAGAACUGUUGUACGAACUCUUCUUGCAGGCUGGUCCACUGGAAAAAGUUAGAAUCCCAAGAGAUCGAGAUGGGCGACAAAAAAACUUUGCAUUCAUAACAUUUUGUCAUGAGGUAUCAGUACCAUACGCUAUUAACCUUCUUCGCGGUACUUCUUUAUUCCACAGAGCAUUAACUCUGGAUACAAGAUGUAAAGUUGCAAAGCUCCCUCCCGUAAGAUAUGGUGAUGCACCUCCUGACUUCAAUAGCCAACCAAGCAUUGCUAAACAGUUUUCCGAUAUGACUAAAAGACUAUGGGAAGAAAAUCCCAAACCUAGCCACAUGCCAAUGCAGAGGCCUGACAGAAAUGAUAAGCUUGUAAUGGCCAGUUUACAAGGCAACUGGUCUCACAGACAUCACCCAUACAAACCUAAAGAUAGCAAGGCACACAGUCAGCAUGAUUAUAGACAUAAAGAUGACAGUUAUAAAAGAGGGAAUAAGAACAAACAUCCCUCAUGGAGAGAUAAGAGGGCUUAUGGCAAUCGUAGGAGAGACUGACCAAAGUGUAACAAUGUUAGGCUUGUUUAAUUUGUUGGAGACAUUAAAGAUAGUGACAAAUUUUAUGAGAGCAUACUUUUAAAAUAUGUUGAUAGCAAAUAAUUUUAAAUGCUGCCCAUAUUUGACUAGAUUAAAAAAUUCAAGUGUGGACAAUCUUUAUAUUACUUUUUUAUUGGAUAAUAUGUUUUAUUAUAUAAAAACAACUCAUAACAUUUUUUAACACAAUGGUGUUUACCAUUUUCCCUAUUUUUAAAAUAAACCUUAAAUUCCACUUUGUAAAUGACUUGUUUGUGCCAAUUGAGCACAAGGCACUUUACAAAAUAUGUUGUGUAUAUUGAGAAAAACAAACAUUUUAAAAUGUUCUUUAUGUUAUUAGACUAGUAAAAAGAAAUGAAUGUAUAAAAAUAUAUAUAGGAGCAUAUAAAAAUAUAUAAAGAAAAUGUUUUAUUUCUUCUGUUUAUUAAAUAUUGCAUAUUAUUUUGUACUCAAUAUAAACAGCUGAUGGACAGCACUGUUCACUGUCUAUUUAACAUGUGCAGGAUUUUGUUAAAGGUGUAAUUAUAACUAACUCAAGCCAUGCUAUUGGUUUAUUUUCCAUUGCUGUAUGAGAAUAGGCAGAAAACCAAUCUGAUUGGUAAUUUUUUUUGUUUUAAUUUUAGUGACGUUCUUAUCUCAGAAUAAAUCAUGUAACCUAUAUAUUGUCUGAUAUGUAUAAAAUGACUAAGCAUUGAUUUGUUUGAAAUAACGGAAACAUUUUGUUAUUUCUGUAUUUUCAAUGAACAUAAUAAAUAACAUAUGUUUCAUUUUCAUUGAACCCCUCAGUUCUCCAAGCUAUGUGCCACGCCCAUUUCCACUUCAGCUUUGUGACUCUAGAGUUAUGUUGGUAACUCUAGUUCUACUACGGAUCUCCUCAUUUCUAAUUUGAAUAUGAGAUAAUCUCAGCAUAGCUGCUAAUGAGGGCUUAGUAUGCAACCAGGUUUUUAGAUCCAUUGGCAGCACGUUGGGGUACCAAGACAACAUCAAACAAAUCCCUGGAAGCUGCUGGAAACAAACGGUCCAGGACAGUGGAUUUUAGAACUCCCUACAAAAGACCCCCAUGUCCAGCUGUGGACUUCAAUCGGUUGAAAUGAUCGUGAUCUUGAUGAUUGGAUUCACGCUGUCCUCGUAUUUUUGAACUGGGGGACUACGUUUGUGAGAUAUCCUUUCAAUGAGCUUAUACAUACAUAACAAACAUGUAAUUAAUGUUGCACUUUUUUAUUAAAUGUCAUUUAUUGUAUCUCAA